GGAAAAAGCACUCGAAAUCGUACACCUCUGCUCACGUCUAGUGGCAGCCGACCAUUACAAUAAUGACAAUAAUAUAACGUCUUCGUGGUGAUAUAGAACAUAUCGAUUGUGGAAUCCGAAGUUCCGUACCACUAAAAAGUACCUACCCAAGCUGUUAAUUGGUAUACGAAAAGUGACUACCAUUCCGAUUUGAAGUCUCAGCGUUUGAAACGGCAUUGUUUUUUGUAUUCAAAAGAUAUUCGUGCAAAACUGUAGCAAAUUUCAACCAGAGUCCGCAGUAUUUUGCGUUCGACGCCAUCGGCAUGAACUUUCAGACCGUGUUGCUGUUGGCCAUCAUCCCUGUACAACUGUACUUGGUGUUCGACGAGGUCCAGUUAAUGUGGGUUGACGACGACAGGACCAUCCAUUUGCAUUCUGUGUCGACGGACAUGAUCGGCGCGAUCAGCAUUUUGCUGACGGCCAUGUGCAGCGUCCGACUGCGGCACAUCCAGCAUUCGCUGAGCCGCGUGCAACGGUCACUCCAAAUCAAAGUCGACAACCGUGGUCAACAAGCCGACGUUGUCGCGGUCGGCCACUGGUCAAUCAAAUACCGGACCCGUUGUUGGCUGGUUCCGGCAGUGAUCAUGUUCGGUUACCUCAAGUACGGUCGGCUAAUGGAGCACGGCGAGAAGACCGCUCAGUCGGGUAUCGUGGCGUUGCUUAGCACGAUAUCGUUAGCCGGCAACUAUUACGUGACGCUCAUGUUUGUGGAUCACGUGUUUUUCGUUAAAAGAGUGUUGAACAAACUGAAUGUCCAGGUAACGGAUGCAUUCGGCUCGGUUUCGGCAUCGUUUCUGUCGGGAUUCUCCGUGUCUGCCGCACGACUCGCGUACCUGGACAUAUGCGACGUUUGCACAACGCUGACGAGAGCGUUCCAAACGCAAUUGUUCCUCAACAUCGUGGGCAACGUGUUUGGCGUCACGUUCAUGAUGCUCUCCGCGUUUAACACGCUCAUGUCCGACGGCGCGGACACCAUCCGAAUCACGCUGUACUGCCUGUACGAAUCUCUGAUACGCAUGCUGCAGAUGUACUUCAUCAUUGACGCUUGCCAUACGGCCGUCGAACAGGCGAAUUCCAUUAAUAUCACAUUUCAAAAGAAAAUUAAUGAAUAUCAUCAAGUAAACCUCACAAAGAGAAAGGUACAACUAUUCAUUUUGGAGAUGUUGGAUCAUAAAAUAGAGUUUGUUAUUUACGGUUUUAUUUGCCUGGACUUUGAAAUGUUUGUAUCGAUAAUAGGUACCAUAGCUACGUAUUUUUUGAUUUUGGUACAAUUAGGAUCUUCACCUGAUGUCUUGGUACAAUCGUUUAACGUAACGUCAACAACAACAACAAUGACACCCGGUGCAUUCAAAACAAAAUCAAAUUAUACUACUCGCACUUGAAUAAAACAAUUUCAUAAAAAUGAAUGUAUUUUAAAUUUUAGAAUGUAAUAUGUUGGCUGUUUUUAAAAUGUAUUUUAUUGACAUAUUAUAAUUACAAAAUAUGGCACGCAUACUAAUCACGGUAACCAUUAAGUUGGGUAUCUUUAGAAAAAUAAAAAUAAAAUAACGGUAUACUUUAGGUAUAAUUUGGCAAACAUUUGUGUAUACUAUAUUAGGUAUAUUAUAAUUUAAAUUACACUAAAAUAAUUGUUACUAUUGAUUCACAUUUAAAAACGCUAAAAUUAGUAUGUUUUCAUAUUUGUUUAACAUUAACCUUAAGCCUAUGCAACUAAGAGAAUAAUAACAAGGUUUUUAGAUCUGAUUUUCCAGGUUCAUUGUUGAAGGCCACAAUUACUGUAGCAUUAUUACAUUUGACGUUUGUCCUUUGAUUAAAAACAUAGGAAACUGUCAAACAGUGUUAAUGAUUUACAUUUAACUAUUGCAACCAAAAAACUUUCAAAUAUAAUUAUAUAAGUAUCACGAUCGUGAUUUGAAAAUUAAAAAAAAGCCACAUGAAUAAUAUUGUUAUUUGUUAUAAACUUAUCCAAUGACACCGAUUUAGAUUGAAGUAUUAAACCAUUGUACAAUUAAAUAAUAUAGGUGUAUUGCACUAUUGCAGUAUGUAUUAUGUUUAUUUAAUAAAUAUUUUGUUUAGAUAUGACAUAUCCACAUAUCAUACAUAAUCUAAUGUAUCCACUAUAUAUACUUAUUAUAAGUUAUGUGCUC